GUGAUAUUUGAACUCAGCCCCAUGCAAAGAGAGUGGCAAAGGAUAUUACAAAAUAUUCAGGCCCGGCUGCAGGAAGAACAUUCUCUUCAAGACAUAAUAUUCAAAAGUGCUUUUAAAAGUGCUUCAACGGCACUUCCACCAAGGGAGGACAAUCCCAAGCAUUCGGCUGAUGCCUGCAGAAUUCACGGGCACCUCUAUGUGAAUAAAGUAGCAGGGAAUUUUCACGUCACAGUGGGCAAGGCAAUCCCCCACCCAAGGGGCCACGCACAUUUGGCAGCCCUUGUGAGCCAAGAAUCAUACAAUUUCUCCCAUCGGAUAGAUCACUUAUCCUUUGGAGAGCUCAUCCCAGGCAUUAUUAAUCCUUUAGAUGGCACGGAAAAGAUUGCAUCAGAUCACAAUCAGAUGUUCCAGUACUUUGUUACUGUGGUGCCAACAAAACUUCAGACGCACAAAAUUACAGCAGAAACGCAUCAGUUUGCAGUGACAGAAAGGGUAAGUUCAAAAAAAAUGACCAGUUUUUUUUAA